ACAAACCCAUCAUUGCACUACGUUGACGCUAAUCCCUAACCUAUCCGGUUUCUCUGGAGUUCAUGUCCUUUCUGAUUUGAACGGGUAUUGAAUACAAAACAAAAUAUAAAGACGCCCAAGAAUGUCUUUCUGUCAGUUUAACGGUGGCGAGAUUUACAAGGAGCAUUUCCAGCCAGGUGUGUACGUCUGCUCCACCUGCAGCCACCCUCUGUUUACCAGUCGCUCUAAAUUCGCCCAUUCCUCCCCAUGGCCUGCCUUCACCGAGACCAUCAGGGAGGACAGCGUGACCAGGAUGAUGGAGUCCCUCACCGCUUUUAAGGUCCUGUGUGGCAAGUGUGGCAACGGACUGGGUCAUGAGUUUGUGAACGAUGGACCGGAGCAGGGUCUAUCGCGCUUCUGAAUAUUCAGCCACUCGCUGAAGUUCGUCCCCAAUAAAGGCAAAGGGGGCGACCAAUAGGGUGUGAUUGUGACCGAGAAUGCUAGCCACCUAGGUGCUAGCCAGAGGCUCCAGAAGCCCCCCAGGGUCGCGGUCAGCCCAUGACGUGGACAGAGGGAAACGGCCUGAGAAGGAGCUCCUGUCCACCGACCUUGUUCUGUGACCGGCCUGACCCUGGGGACCAGAGAGGAGGAGGAGGAGGAGGAGGAGGAGGAGGAGGAGGAGGGCGCAAGAUAUUGGAAGUGUGAUUGUGAUGUUCCAUGAAGUUGUGUUUUGCAAUGGCAAUAUGAAUGGGCGAAGAACACAUGGAAAAGUUGGCAUGAUAUUAUUUUUGUAUGGGUGCAUGUGAGAAGUAAUAGAAAUGCCAACUUUAUCAUCACGUUGUUUGUAUGGAUUAAUAUUGUUUCUAACCUGUUGACAUUUUGCAUGACAACACAAUUUCGAUGUUUCAAAUAGAAAUUGCAUUUUAUUUUAUUAUGUUGAAUGGAUCUAACUUGAAGUAUUUUCACACCAUUAAAUGACUAUAACCACUUACAAACCUGACCAUGUCAGUAUUAACUUUGCAUAAUUUUGUUAGUUACUUUCGAGGUUGCGGGUAAAUGUUUGCUGUAAUGGCGCUGAGUAGCCACUAGGUGGAGACCAACUCCUGGAUCUGAGGUCUAACGGUAUUUAUGUUUUUAGGCUCCCUGCUUCUGUUGCACAUGUUAGUUGGUCAGAAACGCUGUUUUACCAUAACCUGUAACAUCAACCUUACAACUAGUACCAAAUAAAGACAUCACAUUUCGCCUUA